AUGUGCUCUUGCAGUCCAGAAAGCCAAUCACAUCCUGGACUGCACCGAAAGAAGUGUGGCCAGCAGAUUGUGGGAGGUGAUUCUGCCACUCUGCGUUGCCCUCACAAGUCCUGUGUUCAGCAGUGGAGCUCCCAGCAAAAGAAGGAUGUGGACCUGUUGAAGCUGGCUCACUACCCCACCAAGGCCAAGGCCCUGGCAUACACCUUCCAAGGGGUCAGACCUCCCACCACAGACGGCUCUCCAGGUCCUUGCUACUGCAUCCACUCAUCCAUCACCAGGAACGGGAAGUACGUGGCUCUGGUGACUACUGCACCACCAAGGCUGACAAACUGCUUUACAAAUGUGCACCGGCACAGCCCCUGUCCUUCCAGCACAAGGAUACGAGAUUUGACCAAGCGCCAGAUACCGGAUCCUGCUGUCUUCCCCAAAGUGGACAAGGACAUCUACAAAAAACGAGCUCCCAUGUACAGCAUAACAACCAAGAGCAGCCUUGGAGGUGACAAAACAGCCAGGCCAGGGCCGGCAGGCUACUGCUUGGGGAAGGCUCACCAAGCCCCAGGCACGUACUCCUACUUUCGGACUGCGGCACUCCCUCUACAAACUCCCCUAAUCUUGGCUGUGCGACCUGCUCCUCACACCUGCCUUUGGAAUGUGCGCUUACUGCACCCCGCUGCUCCCUCUUCUAAACCCUCAGAAUUUGCUUCUGCUUUCCCGACACCC